GUCCUCUGUCAGUGUGACUGGGAUCGUCAUGUUUGCUAACCUGCUAGCGGCUAAAAUGAUCCUUUUCUUCGCGCUGGUUAAAGAGGAACUUAAGGAUUAUAUCUGCUGAACAUCGACCAGUAUUUACUCAUGUCGGACGCGGAUAACGACGUGGAGUUGGUUGAAACAACCGAGGAAGUUGUUGAAACAGAAGAAUCCCUCCCUGUUAAUACCAACACGCCAUCAGUGGCACCAGAUCUGGAACCGGAACAAUCAUCCAUCCAGAGGCUGCUGAACACGGUGGGACAAGAAGAGAAUCAUAAUGGCUUUUGUUGUGAGGAGUGUCUCACUCUCUUCCAGAACCAGUAUGGUCCUGAUAAAACGAAUGGCCCAUCUUUUAUUCUUGACUUCCCAACGAGCAUGGGGGUCCCCCAGAGGGCCCUGCUCACGCUGCCGUACGGCCUGAUGAUCGGUAGGUCCAGCAUUCCUGGUGCCGGAGUCGGGGUCAUAAAUCAUGGAGCGCUGGUGUCUCCUGGAAUGCAUUUUGGACCGUUUGAAGGAGAAGUGACAUCAAUGGAAAAUGCCAUGGAAAGCGACGUCUCCUGGGAGAUUCACAAAGGAGAAGACCAGUACGAGUAUAUUAAUGCCACCAAAGAUUCAUACUCAAACUGGAUGAGGUACGUCAACUUUGCUCGCAGUAAAGAGGAGACAAACUUGUUGGCAGUCCAGUACAAGGGUAGCAUCCUGUUUCACUGCUGCCGCUCUAUCCGUACUGGAGACGAGCUCACCAUGUGGCCCAGCAGCAACCUGACCGCUCAUUUCAGCAAAGCUUGGGCCCACAUGUGGCUUUUGAAGUUACACGCAGCUGAGACUAGUAUACCUGCCACAGCUCCUGUCUUCCAGUGCUCCCACUGUCGUCUCUCCUUCACCACAGAGGCUUUCCUCCAGCGACAUGCCGGAGACUUUCACCCGCAGCCUAAAGCCGGUGAACGCCACGCUUCUGCAGACCCGGGUCAAUCUGCCGCGCUUGUCCCGGGAUUAGCUGGCGAUUCCCUCAAGUCCAAUACGUGCGACGAUUGCGGAAAGGUUUUCAAGCAAAUGCCUCACCUCACGAGGCACAAGCUGUGUGUCCACUCGAACAAGCGCCCGUACUGCUGCCCGCAUUGCAAGCGAAGCUUCAGCCAGGCGUCUGGUUUGAUCAGACAUCAGCGCGUCCACCAGCAGGAGUAUGUAAUACAGGUUUUGAAGAGGAAUGAAAUAGCUGUUAAAACCGAAGGCUGUGCAGCAGAGGAAGAAGGUUUUAAUCCUGCAGAAGCAGUUGUAUCGGAGGAAACGCAGGACAUGGAUCAAAGUGAGAAUCCGCAUGAAGCUACGAGUGCAACAGAGACUCUAAACGCUGCGGAUGAUGAGGCUGAAUGUCGGCUGAAUUGUUCAGACUGUGAUAAGAGCUUCACAAAUGAAGCGGCUUUCAAAAAGCACAAGGUAACGGUUCACGAGAAGUUGCGUCCGUACGUCUGUGCUGUGUGUCAGAAAUGCUUCCGUCAAUACCACGACCUGAACAGGCAUCUGCAGAGACACCAGAAGGAAAAGGAAAGGAGCGAUGAAAUGACUCCGGACACAGGGGAUCCCACCGUUAUGCCCUUCAGCUGCGCCAAGUGUGCGGUGACUUUCUCCUCCGUAGACGCCCUGCAGCAGCACAUCAAUGAGAUCCACUCGGACGACGCCUCCAGCAAAAACCAAGAGGCCGGUUUGCUUCCUUCCAGCGUCGACUCGGCCCAAGAUCCUCCGUCUCUCAGGCCUCAGCGUCUCGGAGCAAGAUCGAAAGUUUCCGCCGUCACCAAGCUGUUGGCACCCAAGCGGAAAGCAGCCACCUCAGCUCAGACUGAAGCAGAGGCGGCCGGCCUCAAAAAAGCCGUGUUGGCCAAGUGCAAGUGGUUCAGCUGCAACCGCUGCAAAAAGACCUACGAGAACCCCGACGAUCUGAAAGCACACAAGUGUCACCUGAAGCAGCUCAAAUGUGGCCAAUGCGGCGCAGCGUUUUCCAAGAUCGGUUACCUGAAGAGACACGAGCGGGUGGCGCAUGUCAAGAAUAAAUCUUACAGAUGUGAGCGCUGCAGUAAAGACUUCUCCACAUCUGGCAAGCUUAAACAGCACGAGAAAAACAACUCCUGCAUGAAGUACCACUGUGCUUCGGAGCACUUCCCCUGCUCCUUCUGCCAGUUCUCCUUCACCCUGAAGAGCUACCUUAUCAAACACAUCAAGAGGCAUCACCCCGUGGAGUUUCUGUCCCGCGACCAGGAAAGCCUGGCGAGUCAGCUGGACGAGAAGGGCGGCGAGUACACGUGUCCGCACUGCGGGACAGACUGCGAAAACCAAAAAGCGUUCAAAUCCCACAUGUGCUUCCGGCAGCUGAAGGUGCUGUACCUGUGCACGGACUGCGGGAAGAGCUUCACCAACCACUACAGCCUGAAGCAGCACCAGCGCAUCCACACGGGCGAGAAGCCGUACAGCUGCCAGCACUGCGGCAAGAGCUUCUCCUACGUGGGCCAGCUCAACGUGCACCUGCGCACCCACACGGGGGAGAAGCCCUACCUGUGCACGCACUGCGGGGAGAGCUUCCGCCAGUCGGGGGACCUGAAGAGGCACGAGAGGAAGCACACGGGCGUGAGGCCGUACAGCUGCCCCGAGUGCAGCAAGAACUUCAGCCGCCCGCAGAGCCUCAAGGCUCACCAGAUGCUGCACCUGGGACAGAGGAUGUUCAAGUGCACGCAGUGCGGGAAGAGCUUUUCCAGGAACUAUCAUCUCAGGAGACACCACCAGAAGAUGCACACGUAGUCCCGUCACGUUUGAAAGACUGGAAAUACCACUAAGGAUUAUGUCAUAUUUUGUGUACAGCAGUAGCCCUUAUUUAAACGAAAGCCUUUAAUUUCCCGGAACAAAGUUGUUUGGACUAAAUGGACUAAUGGACAGUGAAACUGAUUAUUCUGCAUUUGCCAAAGGUUUGGCAGAGGUUUUCCUUUAGUUUGUCAUUUUGGUUUGAAAUAAAAACAACAAAGUUAACCGUCACUGUUGACCAUUUAUUCCACAAAACAUACAAUGCAAAGCAUGUGCACUGUAC